AUGAGCCGGCCUGUGCGCCGCCCCCGAGCCUGUGCGUCGCCCCCAAGUCUGUGCGUCACCGCCUUCUAUGCCUCACGGCCUUAUAUAUGCAGCAGCCUUCUGAGAGCAGCCUCCAAGUCUGUGCCGCCGCCGCCUGUGCUCACUGACUUCUGUGCGCCGCCACCGCCUGUGCGCCGCCACCUGUGUGCCACCACCAGCUCGGUGCACCACCGCUGCCCCUUUGUGACACUGCCUUGUGUGCGCCACCGUCAACUCUGUGCGCCGCCGCCGAUUCUGUGCGCCGCCAAACACUCUGCGCCAGCACCGCCUGUGCACCGCCACCAACUCUCUUUGCCGCCGCCUCCGCUGCUUGUGCGCCGCCACCACCAAGUCUAUUGCCGCCACCUCUGCCGCCUGUGCGCUGCUACAAACUCUAUUUGCCGCCACCUCCGCCGCCUGUGCGCCGCCACCAACUCGGUUCACUGCCGCCUCUGCCACGCCAACUCUGUUCACCGCCGCCUUCGCCGCCCGUGUGCCGCCGCCGACUCUAUGCGCCGCCGCCAAUUCUGUGUGCCGCCGCGAACUCUGUGUGCCGCCGCCAAUUCUGUGCGCCAGCACCGCUUGUGUACCGACACCAAUUCUAUUUGCCACCGCCUCCGCCGCCUGUGCGCAUCCACCAACUCUGUUCACCGCUACCUCCGCCGUCUGUGCGCCGCCACCAACUCUAUUCACCGCCGCCUCCGCCGCCUGUGCGACGCCACCAACUCUGUUCACCGCCGCCUUCGCCGCCUGUGUGCUGCCGCCAACUCUGUGCGCCGCCGCCAGUUCUGUACGCCACCGCGAACUUUGUGCGCCGCCGCCAAUUCUGUGCGCCAGCACCGCCUGUGUACCGAUACCAGCUAUGUUUGCCGCCGCCUCCGUCGCCUGUAUGCCACCACCAAUUCUGUGCUCCGCCGCCCACUCUGUGCUCCACCGCCCACUCUGUGCGCCGCCGCCAACUCUGUGCGCCGCCACCAACUCUGUUUGUCGCCACCUCCGCCGCCUGUGCGCAGCCACCAACUCUGUGCACCAGCGCCGCCUGUUUGCCGCCACCAACUCUGUGUGCCGCCUUUGCCGCUUGAGCGCCACCAAUGCCUGAGCACCACUGCGUUCUGCUCAACCUCCGCCUUGAGCGCCACAACCUUCUGUGCGCGGCCUUCACCUGAGCGCCACUGCCGCCUGGGCACCUUACAGAGACCAGCCCAGCCCGUCUCCACUGCAGCCGAUGAGGGCUUAGCCUCCCUCCACGUGGACGGAAGAGCAGAGGCACGGAGAGUUCAGUAACUUGCUCGCCGCCACUCUGUGAAUAAAGCCUUUUACAUGUCUGCUCUGCGGCGGCCCGUGAGGUCAGCAUCGUUCUGACUUCACUGAGGGUGACACGAGGCUCCGAGAGGAGCGGCGACACAGGCAGCGAGUCCUGGCUUCUCCACACUGAGCCGGCACCCACCGAACCCGCAUCGUGGAAGCGCCAGCUUCUCGGAGCUGCUGGAAGUCUAGGCCUGGGGGCGCGGCAGGGUUCUCUUUGUCCAGCCUCCCCCUCUGAGGGACAAGGACGCAAUAGCCGCAAGGCCCCAGGUGCUGUGAGUGCUGGGUGACAGUGUGCACGUGCCCCGAGACCAGACUCCAAAGCCCAGGUCCUGCCGCCUGCUCACGACCACGAACUCGGACGGCUGGACGGCAGCCAGGACUCGCCCGACACGACAGAGCUCCCGACCGUUCCCAGCCCGCAACCGUUUUCAAAGAUGGAAAAUUCCAGCUGCCACACCUGCUGGAAGCGGAGUCUGUUUUGCACUGGAAGCCAAUGUGUUUACCAUACCUGACCUUGGUCUGCCUCGGAGGAGACGGAAGGCUCUGGAGACGUGCAGCCCAGGCCCGGCCGCAGCCAGCCCUCGGCGGGGCCCUCGUGCUUCCUGGUGUCAAGUGUUCCCAGGCACAAGUGGCCUGGGCUCUGGAAAUAUUUUUGACACAGUCUGCUUUUUGUUGUUUAUGGGAUUGGAUUUUCUUGGUAAACAUCAGCGUGGAUUCCACGGCAAACACAGAGUUCCCUGUACCAUUCGCAGGUAAAUUAAAACGAACUUCACUUUUA